AUGGGUGAACGUACAUGCAUAAGAGAUGUUGCAACAUGCUUAGACUUGGCACCAACAACGGUUUGGCGAUUGAUACGAAGGAGGGAGAUUAAGGCACAUUCAAAUCCAUUACACCCUUAUUUAACGGAUGCAAACAAGGCAAGAAGGGUUGAGUGGAUUUUAAGUCUCAUUCAAGAAGAUACAAUUCAUCAUCAUCCAAUGUAUAUAGGUAUGUAUGACUUUAUACAUAUUGAUGAAAAAUGGUUUUACUUAACCAAGAAGACACAAAGAGUUUAUCUAGCACACAAAGAAAAAAUUCCAUAUAGGGCGGGAAAGUCAUCAAAAUUCAUUCCAAAAGCCAUGUUUUUAGGGGCGGUUGCAAGGCCUAGAUGGAAUCAAUAUGGCCAAAGCACAUUUGAUGGGAAAAUCGGAAUUUUCCCUUUCGUAAGUAGGGUUGCAGCACAAAGAAAUUCAAUUAACCGUCCAAGGGGGUCUAUAGAAAUUAAACCAACUGAUUCGGUUACUCAGGAAGUUUAUAGGAGCAUGCUCAUAGAACAAUUAAUUCCAGCAAUUCUUAGAAAAUGGCCAAGUGAUGGUCCAUCCAUAAUUUUCAUCCAACAAGAUAAUGCAAGGGUUCACAUAACAAAUGAUGAUCCAAUUUGGCAACAAAACAACAGGCAAGAGGGCUUUACAUUCAUUCUAACUCAACAACCACCAAAUAGUCCCGAUUGUAAUAUUCUAGAUUUGGGUUUUUUUAGGAGCAUACAAUCACUUAUGCAUAAGAAAAUGCCAAAGAACAUGAAUGAGUUAAUAAAAGCAAUGGAAGAUGCAUUCGAAGAGUUACAUCCAAAGACUUUAACCAAUGUUUGGAUUUCAUUACAACACAACUUAAAUGAAAUCCUAAAGGCUAAAGGGUCUAAUAACUAUGUUCAGCCACACCUAGGGAAGAAAGUUCAAGAAGACAAUGGAAGGUUACGAAUACAAGUGCGAGUACCAUCACAAUUGGUUAGGGAAUGUGUACGUUUCCUCAACCCAAGCACAAAUCAGCAAGGCACACAAACAGUAAAUGAAGAUGCUGCACAACAUAAUCAACAAAUACUUGAAGCAUAUGAUGAAGCAGUGGAAGAAUCUCAAAGAUGA